UGAAACCGGAAGUUUUCAACAGUGCAGCGGUAGAUGCUUUAUUUACAUCGUCUCGUUCUCGUGUUGGUUAUAGUUGUUACUUCGUUUGAAGUAACUAUUAUGGAUAAACUCGUCGCUUUAAACUCAGCUGAUGGAGAAACUGUUGACGCAAUAGCGGAUAAAUGCUACAUCUGCCUUUGUCCAUUUGAGAAGCAAACGGUGGGCUCAUUGGAUCAAUGCCCUCACUUUUUUUGUUUUCAGUGCAUCUACCAGUGGUCUCAGACAGCCAACACAUGCCCUGUAGAUCGGAUCAGCUUUGCUUUUAUCCACCAGAGACGGUGUCCUGGAGGGGACAUUCAGAAAAAGUUAAAAGUGACGCCACGCAGAAAUGAGCCUGAAGAGGACUGGAGAAACGUAGUAAUCUGCGAGGAAUGUGGGCGCAGCGGCCACACUGACCGACUGCUGGUUUGCAGACUCUGUGACUCUGGGUAUCACAAGGACUGCUUAACGCAGCCUCUAGAUAGGGUCCCUGAAGGAGACUGGAUGUGCCCUGAGUGUGUGAUCACUUCUAAGAACACAGAGAGCUUUUUGACAGAGGAGGAAGACAUCAGUGACGGAGAAGUCACAGACCUCCUUGCUGACAUGGACCAAUCUCCGUCCACAAGUAGUCGCCUCCGGGCAUCAACUGUGAAUCGUCCUAGCAACGUCACAGAAAGACGGUGGAGUGUGAGGCUCCAGAGCAGAGGAGAAAGCACCAGUCUAUAUCAACGCCCCGAAACCUCAUGGCAUGUUCCUAAAUACCUGAUACGUGCAUCAAAACCUCCAGUAACAACUGAAAGAUCUGAAAAUCUCCAAGGUGUCAAUACGACUUCAGACAAAAAGAAAAAGAAAAGAAGGAAGACUGUAGCUUGAAGAACCAACAAGCAGAGGAGGUUUUUCAACAUUCAGUGCCUGAAAAGACUUACCUUGUAUCCAGAAAUGGUACCAGCAUGUGGCCACAAGAUGGCAACAUUGUGUCAAGAUGUUAAAAAGUCUGAACCUGAAUGAGCCUUUUUGUUUAGUUUUAAUACAUUUGUUAAAUCUGUUGCUUGACAUUUUAAUUUUUUUUUACUUUUCCCUCUUGUUUUUUGUGCAGUUUAAUGCUAUUAAUAGACUCAUCAACGCUCAUCCUAGUAUAGUCUUCAACUUUACACCUCAAUUAGUGCCUUUUUCGCUUUUGCUCUAAAGUCUAUAAAAAUAUUUUGACAAAGCAAAACAUCAUCAGACUAUUCAGAUCCAGUUUAAAUAUUUGUGUUUUAAGUUUUGUGCUCUGUGACUUUUAAGACUACAAAAGAGAAGAGGACUAGUACACUAUUUGUGUUUCUAUAAGCCGGUAAAAUGCAAAGUUUAUGAAUUUAAGGAGGAUGCCAGUUCCUGCCCUCAGGAAAGGGAAAUCCCUUUACAAAUACUUUGAAUACAUAACAGAGAACCUCAGAAAUUAUGCUAAGAGCUAAAUAUCUGGCCAGGUUAUUCCACAAUAACAUGUCCUGGAUGAUACCAUCAGUUGUUGGCAACCACUGCUAAUCUGCCUCAUUUGCUUUUAUCGCUCAGUUUUAAAACUCUGGCCAUAUGGUUAGAAAACUGGACCGAAAAAUGUUGGAGUAGGGGAUAUAAUCUUUGUCAAUUAUGAUUGAUAGAAGAGAUGGUCUGAUCUUCCUCCUUAGCCCUCUACUACUGGAUCCACAAUCAUGAAUCCUUGUUUUCAGCUUCUGUGGAAGUUUUUAACCAAUUACCCCCAGAGCCCACGUGUUAGUUAAUAGAGUCCAUUUGUGUACAGUUUGAUCUAAAAAAUUUGGCAAGGCAUUGAAUGAACAGUGAAGGGCCUGAUAUUCAGCCACGUGAAUUUUAAGGUGCAGUAAAGCCACUGUGGCAUAGAUAUCAGAUCCCUAAGGUUGUGGGGAGUCAUCAGACUCCAAUACCAAGCAAAUCCUGUGAUCUUCCUUCAUCUCAUUGCCUAGCAACGCUAGCCUCUGUGCUCGCCCAUAAUCUCCUCGAGACAUGCUCACAUCUCCUUUGAUCUUAAAUCCGACCCAUGAAGUCCUCAAAGUAUCAUUUGAUGAAUAAAUCAACUGCACAUCAAGUGGUUAGCAAGGAAAAUGUCUUGUGAGGUAAAUAAAAAUUACAGAAAACCUUGUGAUGAUAAUGUGGUGAAAUCAUUGAAGCUCUGAUGUAGCUGUGUUCACGUGGGUGGCGUGUGUGUGUCUGUUUUGUUUUAGGAGAUGGGAACUCAACAAGCCUGUAGCUCUUCCUGCUCUACUUUCUCUCAAAAUAACAUCUGCUGAAAAAACAACUGCGGUUAACUUUCUUUGGCCAGUUUAGCAGAACUGAAUGAAUAAGAUGUACUGGACAAAUCAUAAAGCAAGAUGUUCCGUCAUCUGAACUGAUACAUAAAAUUUCCCUCUUACCUUAGUAUUUUGUACAUUGUAAUAUAUAAAACAGACAGGAACUCCUAACUGCUCCUCAAGCUGUCGUGAGACUAUAAUUUGUUCUUUUAACACCACAGAAACAUUUGAAAAAACACCUACAAAUUUUUCAUUUGUAAUAUGUUAGAAGAACCACUAUCAAACUGGUCAAGCUGUGUGAAUUCAUCCAAGUGCCUGUGCAUUAAUUUAAAAAAGCAGUAAGUUGGCCUUAAAUACAUUAAUUAUAGCUCAUUAUUGGCAGGACUAUCCCGUAUAUUCUAUAUAUUUACAUAUAUAUGCUUUUCUAACAGGAUUUUUUGUCAGAUAAAAGUUUGAGUUGGACUCAGACAUUUUCAUUGGGUUCUGUAACUAGUUGGUUGAAGCUAUCGCUAACUAGCUGCUAAUAUACCCUUGAUAGCUAGCAAGGUAGCCAGUUAACGUUUUUGUGUCUAUCAUGGGUAAUUUAUUGUUAGUUGACUUCACCAAUUUCUUAUCUCCACAUUUCAGUGGAGAUACAGGCCUUAAGUUCUAUUCAUAAACAUCUUAAACCCUUCAAUUGGGUUUCACAGUAAAAAAUAAUAAAACAUUUAAAUAUGUAUUGUGGAUAUUGUGCCCCACUACUGAGUAGUUCAAUAAGUUAUUUUAGCAGCUUAUUGUCUGAAUAAAUUGUAGUAAAGUAUAAUUUA